CACAGAUAUCCUACAUGUUCACACUCACCAAUGCAGGUCCACAAGCAACCCACUAAUGAACCUCCCCUUUCCUGAGAGCAAAAUGCCAGUUUCUGCCCAGUAUCAGCUCUAGCAUUUGUGGGCUAAUUUUAGAGGUCCCGGAUUGUAGGCCUGAUUCUGCCAUGUAGUAGUGAAUGACCUUGGACAAAUUACCUCACUGAGCCCCAGUUCUCUUAUCUGUAAAAUAGUGAUGAUAAUAAAAACUAUGUCAUAGAUAAGGAAAGUUAACAUUUGCACAUUUGUUGUAUUUGCCACUCUGUGCAGACAGAAGGAUGUGUGUGGAAGUGCUUUGAAAAGGGAAAGAUCUAUGCAAGUAUUAGUUGAUAAUACGGUUAGCCAAUACAUGACCAAAGAAGGAACACAUUCAAAAUCAAAUAAACCUCCCAAUACCUUCAGUCUUUAAAACCAAGCCCAGGUAUGGAUAUCGGGAUGUAUUUACAUUUCUGUAAAAGGUCGCCAUACACAAAUCUCAUUCUUAAAUAAGGACAAAUUACUUUUUAGCUGAAGAGGAGACAGGUCAAGUACCUCAGAGGAGGUUAGUCACAUCAAUCAUCUGAGAGUUCAGCAGCAUCCAACAGUGUUAGUUCCAUGUGUUAACUUCUGAAGAAACACAGGCUUGCACAUCCAAUAAUGCUUCCUGCCCCUUUUCUUCCCCGUGCAGAAUUAACUUCAGCUCAUUUAUGGGGUAGGAAAGGCUCCUUAUUUCACAGCCCUCCCUCCAUGCUCCAGGCAUCCAGGGAAAUGCCCCUGCCACCCCUAUCAUCCCUUGAGUCCUUAGGGCUUCCUUCUCUAGCAAGGAGAUUUCCCUUUCUAGUCCUGGGGGCAGCAGCACAGCCCGGCUCUGACCUUGCAGGAGCAGUCGCCUAAAAGAGGCUCCACCCUUGGCCGCUUGGGGUGGCUCCCACCAAACCCGCUCCUAAAAGGAGCCUCUCUCCCUUUGUCUACUCUAUGUGCCUCGGGGCCUAAUCAAGGUCUCUGCCUGGGUGCUGAACUUGCUUCUCCCCCGCUUGCAGUAGUCCAGUGCUGCUCUAACUUGACAUCACCUGAUGGGCUAAUUAAAACAGAUUGCUGGGCCUGCCCCCAGAGUUUCUGAUUCAGUGGGGUUAGGAUGGGGCCGAGAGCUUGCAUUUCUAGCCAGUUCCCAGGAGAUGGUGAUGCUGCCAGUGCUGGAGCUCUCUUCGAGGAACCACUGAGUCUAGGCUAAUGCAGCCCCAGGAGAGAGGGGCUCGCCCCAUCCCCACUCACACCCCCACUGCUCUCCUGCCCUGAGCGCAGUGUGAAUAGGGAAUAGCCGCAGCAGCCCAGGAGACUGGAGAACCAGAAGGCAGGACCUGAGGAAUUUAGGCUGUUUUAUCUUGGGCGCCCCUGACCAGUUUGUGCAAGUCGUAAAGCAGGCAGGAAAGAAGCCUAUGGAAGCCUAUGGGUCUUCAGUGUUAUUGAGGUCUGUCAUUCAUCAGGUUCUACUCACCUCAUCUCUUCAUUCAACACAGUGGUUGGGUGCUAGGUCUAGGGUUAUGAGGUGAAAGCCAGCGUGCUAGCCCUCCAGGAGUUUGUAGUAACUGGGAAGGAAACCUGCAAACCAUUCCAGUGCCCAGCGACGAUGAGAUAACUGUUCCUAGGGAGGGAGAGUCAAACUUCUGUGGAGGGAGAGUGGGUGGGGCUCUGGAAUCGUCUGAGCAGCUGGAGAAGGUUUCAUGGAAGAACUGGCACUUAUGACUUGCAGGAUGAGUGGGAAUUUGGCAGGUACAAGGGGUAGCUGAGAACGGGUGGGGUGGGAAGGGUUUUCCCCAGGCAGAACGAAUGAGCAACAGGACUGCCGAAGUGUAAGGUUCCAGAGGCUGGGAAGAUUUGACAGGCAGCUCUCUAGCCUGGCUGGGUUCCCUCCAACCUCUCUGGUGGCCCCUUCUCAGCUCCUGUCCCUCAUGGGCUGGUAUUCUCUGGGGCUCUGUCCUGGCAGCCUUUUCCUCGCACUCCCAUGUCCACCCCCGAUGAGCUCCUCCACACCUGAGGCCUCGCUGUCUGCUCGCUGAUGGGGCCCAAAUCUCUUUCAAGCCCAGGCCUCACCCCCUCAGUUGCACACUCACCUCCACACGGAUGUCCGCAUUCCCAGGCAUCCUUCCUUUUGCAUUUUGUCAUGGUGAAUGGCACCAGCAUUCACCCAGUUACCUGAACGAGAGGGCUUUAUGAAAUGACCCUCUCGUAGAUUGCUGGUGAAGAGUAAAUGACACAGUAACUUGCUGGUGCCAUUUACCCAGACAGAAUACCAGAGGACGGCUGCUGGGCUCCUCGGAAAGUCCACAACUUACUAGCUGAGUGAUCUUGGGCAAGUUAUUUAAUGUUUUCUUAUCCAUAAAAUGGGUUUGAUGAUAGUACCUACCUCACAAGGUUGUCAUAUGGAUUAAAUAAUAUUAGUUGUUGUCAUUCAUUGAGCCCUAUAUUAAGUCCUUUACUUGGAUUCCCUCGAAGAUGGAGUACCUAGUCCAAGGUCACACUGUUUUAAGUGGCAGAUUCAGGUUUGGAAGCCAGAGUUCUCUGGCUCCGGAGCCAUCUUCUUCACCUCACUGUCACACUUUCUGAAAACUGUAUACCAAAUAGGGAAAUGCCUAUGGUACAAUGUUAAAAGAGGAUGGCAAAUUGUAUACUUAGUGUGAGUAAAUCCACAAAUAGGAAAGGCUACAAGGAAAUGUAGCAAAUGGUUAAAUAUGGUUGUAAUUUGGUGAUUUUUCCCCUCUAGUAUCUGUAUUUUCCACGUUUUCGUUAUAUGCAUUUUUUAUUAAAAGUUACUUAUUAAAAAUAUAUCAAAAACAAUUACGACUCUACAACCUGUUCCCCUGUUUGAAAAUUACACUCCCUUGGUUUUUCGUCUCGGUUCUAGUCUUACCACCCUUAACAGAAACUCUUCAUUCCUCCCAAAGGCCAUGGUAGGAAGCAGAUAUUGCAGCCAUGUUCACCCCCAGGCACUCCCUCUCUGACAACCUGGACCCUGGAGCAGGCUGUCAAAAUCAGAGGGAAGUUCCAGACAGAACCCGGGCUGCUUUACCGCCUAGGGCUUUCUUUCUGGACAGCGCUACUUUAGAUCAGUUACUUCUUUUUCUUUCUUUCUAAAUAGCCGGCCGAAUGCUCAUUUUCCAGUUCUGGCUGAGUUGUUAGCUGCAGCCGGGCGGCGACGCCUGCCAGGUACCUGGUUCCGUGAGCACCGCCCAAACUGGUCAGGCCAGUCCGUCCUGUGGCUGUUUCUGCCAGGACUCGCCCAAGUGUGUAUGCGCGUGUGUCAGAGACCCACCCUGCUCCCCUGCAACCCAGGUAGGUGGAAAGCAGUUGCAGGCACCAGCCUGGCAGUCAGGCCAGAUGGGUGGGGCUGAAUUAAUCUAACCUGGAAUUUCAACUUGGCCUGCACAACAGGUGAGGGAAAAAAGCAGCACAGAGAACGGGCAGUUUGGCAACUUGGAAAUAUUCCUGAGCCUUGCCCCUUACCCUCUGCCUGGAACAUAGCCCAGGGUGACUCUUCAAAGUGUCUGCGCCGGGUUUUAGGGCUCAGUCGCGCCACGGCCCCCUCGAGGCUGUCCGAGCCCCUCCUGAACGCUGUCCUCCUCAGUGACCCUCCGCGACGCGCCCGUUCCCCCUCCUCCGGGAGGCAGGGCGGGGGUAUCGGAUUAGUCUUUGUUUUCGACGCGAAAGAGCCGAGCGCGGCGCGGGGGAGGCUGGCGAUGGCAGGGCCGUGGGGUCCACCUGGACAGGGCAUUCGGCCGUGACCCCUGCGAGGGUGCCCUUAGCCUCUGCCCCCGAGCAACCCCUUCUUGCCGGCCAGGCUGACUCGGCAGCACUGCCUUCUCCAGCGUCCAGACCCUGGAGGAAAAAUACCAGGAGAAACUGCUCACUCAGCUCUGCCCCCACCACACCCUACCUGCUCACCUCAUGCCUGGGUCCAGGGUGGGUGAGGGUGAAGAACCCACCGGGCCAAGAUGAUCCCUUUUCUGGGGACUGCUGCUGGUGUCCUUCCCCAGAUCCCGGGCCCCAGCAGGUGGGAGAGUGGCCCCCUACGGAGCCCGAUCGGACUGCUGCAGAGGAGGUGAAGAGGGGUUGAGAAGAGGCAUCCAUCCACGAGACUGAAGCCACUUGCCUUCAUCCUUGUGAUUCUUGGCUGUUCUAGGCGAGAAGGACCUGUUGGUGGCCUUUGGAGGUGGCGGGAAACUGGACUGUGGUUCUGCCCCAGCACCUAUGCCCCCACCUCUGGCAGCAUCAUGAGCCAGUUUCAGGUGCCCCUGGCCGUCCAGUCGGACCUGCCAGGCCUUUAUGACUUCCCUCAGGGCCAGGUGAUGGUAGGGGGCUUCCCGGGGCCUGAGCUCUCUAUGGCUGGGAGUGAGUCCCAACUCCGAGGGGGUGGAGAUGGCCGGAAGAAACGGAAACGGUGUGGUACUUGUGAGCCCUGCCGGCGGCUGGAAAACUGUGGGGCUUGCACUAGCUGUACCAACCGCCGCACGCACCAGAUCUGCAAACUGCGAAAAUGUGAGGUGCUGAAGAAAAAAGUGGGGCUUCUCAAGGAGGUGGAAAUAAAGGCUGGUGAAGGAGCCGGGCCGUGGGGACAAGGAGCGGCUGUCAAGACAGGCUCAGAGCUCAGCCCAGUUGAUGGACCUGUUCCAGGUCAGAUGGACUCAGGGCCAGUGUACCAUGGGGACUCACGGCAGCUAAGCGCCUCAGGGGUGCCGGUCAAUGGUGCUAGAGAGCCCGCUGGACCCAGUCUGCUGGGGACUGGGGGUCCUUGGCGGGUAGACCAAAAGCCCGACUGGGAGGCUGCCCCAGGCCCAGCUCAUACUGCUCGCCUGGAAGAUGCCCACGAUCUGGUGGCCUUUUCGGCUGUGGCCGAAGCUGUGUCCUCUUAUGGGGCCCUUAGCACCCGGCUCUAUGAAACCUUCAACCGUGAGAUGAGUCGUGAGGCUGGGAACAACAGCAGGGGAUCCCGGCCAGGGCCCGAGGGCUGCUCUGCUGGCAGCGAAGACCUUGACACACUGCAGACGGCCCUGGCCCUCGCGCGGCAUGGUAUGAAACCACCCAACUGCAACUGCGAUGGCCCAGAAUGCCCUGACUACCUCGAGUGGCUGGAGGGGAAGAUCAAGUCUGUGGUCAUGGAAGGAGGGGAGGAGCGGCCCAGGCUCCCAGGGCCUCUGCCUCCUGGUGAGGCCGGUCUCCCAGCACCAAGCACCAGGCCACUCCUCAGCUCAGAGGUGCCCCAGAUCUCUCCCCAAGAGGGCCUGCCCCUGUCCCAGAGUGCCCUGAGCAUCGCCAAGGAAAAAAACAUCAGCUUGCAGACCGCCAUUGCCAUCGAGGCCCUCACACAGCUCUCCUCCGCCCUCCCGCAGCCUUCUCAUUCUACCCCCCAGGCUUCUUGCCCCCUUCCUGAGGCCUUGUCACCUCCUGCCCCUUUCAGAUCUCCCCAGUCUUACCUCCGGGCUCCCUCAUGGCCUGUGGUUCCUCCUGAAGAGCACUCAUCUUUUGCUCCUGAUAGCUCUGCCUUCCCUCCAGCAACUCCUCGAACUGAGUUCCCUGAAGUCUGGGGCACCGACACCCCUCCAGCAACACCCCGGAGCUCCUGGCCCAUGCCUCGCCCAAGCCACGACCCCAUGGCUGAACUGGAGCAGUUGUUGGGCAGCGCCAGUGAUUACAUCCAGUCAGUAUUCAAGCGGCCUGAGGCCCUGCCUACCAAGCCCAAGGUCAAGGUAGAGGCACCCUCUUCCUCCCCAGCCCUGGCCCCAUCCCCUGUGCUUCAGAGGGAGGCUCCCACGCCAUCCUCGGAGCCCGACACCCACCAGAAGGCCCAGACCGCCCUGCAGCAGCACCUCCAUCACAAGCGCAGCCUGUUCCUAGAACAGGCUCACGACACCUCCUUCCCUGCUCCUUCGGAGCCUUCUGCUCCUGGCUGGUGGCCCCCACCAAGCUCACCUGCCCCACGGCUUCCAGACAGACCACCCAAGGAGAAGAAGAAGAAGCUCCCAACACCAGCUGGAGGUCCCAUGGGAACAGAGAAAGCUACCCCUGGGAUCAAGCCCAGUGUCCGAAAGCCCAUUCAGAUCAAGAAGUCCAGGCCCCGGGAAGCACAGCCACUCUUCCCGCCUGUCCGGCAGAUUGUCCUGGAAGGGCUGAGGUCCCCGGCCUCCCAGGAAGUACAGGCUCAUCCACCGGCCCCUCUACCUGCCUCACAGGGCUCUGCUGUGCCCCUGCCCCCAGAACCUUCUCUUGCGCUAUUUGCACCUAGUCCCUCCAGGGACAGCCUGCUGCCCCCUACUCAGGAAAUGAGGUCCCCCAGCCCCAUGACAACCUUGCAGCCAGGCUCCACCGGCCCUCUUCCCCCUGCCGAUGACAAGCUGGAAGAGCUCAUCCGGCAGUUUGAGGCUGAAUUUGGAGAUAGCUUUGGGCUUCCCGGCCCCCCUUCUGUGCCCAUUCAGGACCCCGAGAACCAGCAAACAUGUCUCCCAGCCCCUGAGAGCCCCUUUGCUACCCGUUCCCCCAAGCAAAUCAAGAUUGAGUCUUCAGGGGCUGUGACUGUGCUCUCAACAACCUGCUUCCAUUCAGAGGAGGGAGGCCAGGAGGCCACACCCACCAAGGCAGAGAACCCACUCACACCCACCCUCAGUGGCUUCUUGGAGUCACCUCUUAAGUACCUGGACACACCCACCAAGAGUCUGCUGGACACACCUGCCAAGAGAGCCCAGGCCGAGUUCCCCACCUGCGAUUGCGUCGAACAAAUAGUGGAGAAAGAUGAAGGUCCAUAUUAUACUCACCUGGGAUCUGGCCCCACAGUCGCCUCUAUCCGGGAACUCAUGGAGGAGCGGUAUGGAGAGAAGGGGAAAGCCAUCCGGAUCGAGAAGGUCAUCUACACGGGGAAGGAGGGAAAGAGCUCCCGCGGCUGCCCCAUUGCAAAGUGGGUGAUCCGCAGGCACACGCUGGAGGAGAAGCUGCUCUGCCUGGUGCGGCACCGGGCAGGCCACCACUGCCAGAACGCUGUGAUCGUCAUCCUCAUCCUGGCCUGGGAGGGCAUUCCCCGUAGCCUCGGAGACACCCUCUACCAGGAGCUCACUGACACCCUCCGGAAGUAUGGGAACCCCACCAGCCGGAGAUGCGGCCUCAACGAUGACCGGACCUGCGCUUGCCAAGGCAAAGACCCCAACACCUGCGGUGCCUCCUUCUCCUUUGGUUGUUCCUGGAGCAUGUACUUCAACGGCUGCAAAUAUGCUCGGAGCAAGACACCUCGCAAGUUCCGCCUUGCAGGGGACAAUCCCAAAGAGGAAGAAGUGCUCCGGAAGAGUUUCCAGGACCUGGCCACCGAAGUUGCUCCCCUGUACAAGCGACUGGCCCCUCAGGCCUAUCAGAACCAGGUGACCAACGAGGAAAUAGCGAUUGACUGCCGUCUGGGGCUGAAGGAAGGACGGCCCUUCGCAGGAGUCACGGCCUGCAUGGACUUCUGUGCCCACGCCCACAAGGACCAGCAUAACCUCUACAAUGGGUGCACCGUGGUCUGCACCCUGACCAAGGAAGACAAUCGCUGCGUGGGCAAGAUUCCCGAGGAUGAGCAGUUGCACGUUCUGCCCCUGUACAAGAUGGCCAGCACGGAUGAGUUUGGGAGCGAGGAGAACCAGAAUGCAAAGGUUGGCAGCGGAGCCAUCCAGGUGCUCACCGCCUUCCCCCGCGAGGUCCGACGCCUGCCCGAGCCUGCCAAGUCCUGCCGCCAGCGGCAGCUGGAAGCCAGAAAGGCAGCGGCCGAGAAGAAGAAGAUUCAGAAGGAGAAGCUGAGCACUCCGGAGAAGAUCAAGCAGGAGGCCCUGGAGCUGGCGGGCGUUACGUCGGACCCAGGCCUGUCUCUGAAGGCUGGAUUGUCCCAGCAAGGCCUGAAGCCCUCCCUCAAGGUGGAGCCGCAGAACCACUUCAGCUCCUUCAAGUACAGCAGCAACGCAGUGGUGGAGAGCUACUCGGUGCUGGGCAACUGCCGGCCCUCUGACCCUUACAGCAUGAACAGCGUGUACUCCUACCACUCCUACUAUGCACAGCCCAGCCUGACCUCCGUCAAUGGCUUCCACUCCAAGUACGCUCUCCCGUCUUUUGGCUACUAUGGCUUUCCAUCCAGCAACCCCGUCUUCCCCUCUCAGUUCCUGGGUCCUGGUGCCUGGGGGCACAGUGGCAGCAGUGGCAGUUUUGAGAAGAAGCCAGACCUCCACGCUCUGCACAACAGCCUGAGCCCGGCCUACGGUGGUGCUGAGUUUGCCGAGCUGCCCAGCCAGGCUGUUCCCACAGACGCCCACCACCCUACUUCUCACCACCAGCAGCCUGCGUACCCAGGCCCCAAGGAGUAUCUACUUCCCAAGGCCCCCCCAAUCCACUCAGUGUCCAGGGACCCCUCCCCCUUUGCCCAGAGCUCCAACUGCUACAACAGAUCCAUCAAGCAAGAGCCAGUAGACCCGCUGACCCAGGCCGAGCCUGUGCCCAGAGACGCUGGCAAGAUGGGCAAGACACCUCUGCCUGAGGUGUCUCAGAAUGGAGGACCCAGUCACCUUUGGGGACAGUACUCAGGAGGCCCAAGCAUGUCCCCCAAGAGGACUAACAGUGUGGGUGGCAGCUGGGGUGUGUUCUCGUCUGGGGAGAGUCCUGCCCUCAUCCCUGACAAGCUCAGUUCCUUUGGAGCCAGCUGCCUGGCCUCUUCCCACUUCACAGAUGGCCAGUGGGGGCUGUUCCCCGGCGAGGGGCAGCAGGCGGCUUCCCACUCUGGAGGACGGCUGCGAGGCAAACCGUGGAGCCCCUGCACGUUUGGGAACAGCACCUCCACCUUGACUGGGCCCGGCCUGACUGAGAAGCCGUGGGGGCUGGGGGCAGGGGAUUUCAACUCGGCCCUGAAAGGUGGUCCUGGGUUCCAAGACAAGCUGUGGAACCCCAUGAAAGGAGAGGAGGGCAGGAUUCCAGCCGCAGGGGCCAGCCAGCUGGACAAGGCCUGGCAGUCCUUUGGUCUGCCCCUGGGAUCCAGCGAGAAGCUGUUUGGGGCCCUGAAAUCGGAGGAGAAGCUGUGGGACCCUUUCAGCCUGGAGGAGGGGCCGGCCGAGGAGCCCCCCAGCAAGGGAGCAGUGAAGGAGGAGAAGGGUGGUGGUGGUGCGGAGGAGGAAGAGGAGGAGCUGUGGUCAGACAGUGAACACAACUUCCUGGACGAGAACAUCGGCGGCGUGGCCGUGGCCCCAGCCCACGGCUCCAUCCUCAUCGAGUGUGCCCGGCGGGAGCUGCAUGCCACUACGCCACUUAAGAAGCCCAACCGCUGCCACCCCACCCGCAUCUCGCUGGUCUUCUACCAGCACAAGAACCUCAACCAGCCCAACCACGGGCUGGCCCUCUGGGAAGCCAAGAUGAAGCAGCUGGCGGAGAGGGCACGGGCACGGCAGGAGGAGGCCGCCCGGCUGGGUCUGGGCCAGCAGGAGGCCAAGCUCUACGGGAAGAAGCGCAAGUGGGGGGGCGCCAUGGUUGCUGAGCCCCAGCAGAAGGAGAAGAAGGGGGUUGUCCCCACCCGGCAGGCACUGGCUGUGCCCACAGACUCGGCGGUCACCGUGUCCUCCUAUGCCUACACGAAGGUCACUGGCCCCUACAGCCGCUGGAUCUAGGUGCCAGGGAGCCAGCGUACCUCAGCGUCGGGCCCGGCCCGAGCUGUCUCUGUGGUGCUUUUGCCCUCAUACCUGGGGGCGGGUUGGGGGUGCAGAAGUCUUUUUAUCUCUAUAUACAUAUAUAGAUGCGCAUAUCAUAUAUAUGUAUUUAUGGUCCAAACCUCAGAACUGACCCGCCCCUCCCUUACCCCCACUUCCCCAGCACUUUGAAGAAGAAACUACGGCUGUCGGGUGAUUUUUCCGUGAUCUUAAUAUUUAUAUCUCCAAGUUGUUUCCCCCCCCCCUUGUUUGGGGGGCUUUUAUUUUCUCUUUGUUUUUAAAACUCUAUCCUUGUAUAUCACAAUAAUGGAAAGAAAGUUUAUAGUGUCCUUUCACAAAGGAGUAGUUUUAAAUUCCAUUUAAAAUGUGUAUUUAUUGGAUUUUUUAAAAGCGACAAUAGUAAUGGUAAAGGAUGGGCAGGAAAGGCCAGUAGUGCUCCCCCACCCAGUCUCGCUGGGUCCGGCGAGCCAAGCCCCUCGGGCACUGGCGAGGUCCUCAGCCAUCUGCCCCUCGAGAGCCAAUCGCGGACGGUAGCCACCCAGUUCAUCCCUCCCGACACAUACCCUUUCCCUUUGGGGAAGGGAGCCUCAGGACAGCCUCUGUCCUCUCUGAUAGGAUGGGAGAGUCUGCAGAAAACCAUCUGGGGUCCUUUUUCCAGUCCCCAGCUUGGAGUCGAGGGGCAGAUGCACCCCAGGCCAGCCCUGCGAGAUGCUGGCAUAGCUUUCCCCAGAAACCAGGUUGGAAGUAGAUGGCUUCAAGCUUGCUAGUCUCCACACUGAAUCCUCUGUCCGUUAUUUAUGGAGUCACACGAUGUUAUGGUUCACUAGGCAGCACCUCACGCUGGAGCUGGAGUGCGAGGUUCUUAGGGGCUGCGCCCACCACGUUGCCAAGCCAAUGCAUGCUGAGCUGAAGGAAUUUGUCUUAGUGGCAGGUUUUUUUUAAAAAAUGCCCCCAAAGUCUAUGCUGAUAUCGAAAAAGGGCUACUGUAUCUUUAAAAACAGGAAGUUGAACCCAAGCUGUGAAAAGCCAGUGGUGCUCUGUGCAUGGUGCUGUGCGGAGCCUGGUGCUGUAGUGUUGUGCUGGGACUUUCUUGACUCUUGGGCAGGUCACAUCCUACAGGAGCUCAGCAGACCAGUGUAACAACAGUUAAUGCAUCUAUCCUGAUCCCUGAAUUUCCACAUUGGACAAUGGUGCAUGCCUCACACCUGAGCCUGCUUCUUCCAUGCUAUCAUCGGGUUCGGGGGCCUACACUUAACAAUUUUAAAGUGCAAGAGUCAAACAUUUUCAACAGGUUGCUAUGAUUUUCCUCCCUAAUUGGUGCCAUUUCUCCAUUUGAUCAUUUUCUUUUUUCCUUUCUUCCCCUCUUCAUCCACCUUAACAGACCUGUUCUGAAAUUCUGGUGCAUUCAUUCGGUUCUUUGAAAUGAGAAUGUGGUGCUUAAUUUUUGUGACGUUGUUGAGAGAGGUUGGGCCUGAUGGGAGCAACACUCACGGUCACCACGUCAAACUUUGUUGGAGUGUUGGUUUUUCUUGUGAUGUUAGCAGAAAUGAUCUCAUGCUACCCAUGUGGAUGUGUGUGUGGUGAAUGGGGGGCUUCAUCAGGACACACAGAGGGGAAUGUGGCCACACGGUGGAUGACCACCAAGCCCUGAGAUGAACAGGUGUUUACUGAGCAGUUGUAUUCAGAUAUGGGUCUUCAUGAAUCAUGUUUAACAAUCAGAUGACCGCUAUAGGCAAGUUCCUGAGCUUCCGGGUGCCUUGAGUAAGAGCUGAGAACCGGCCUGCUGGGUGUUUACUGUAUCUGUUUGGAGGCACUGGCGGAGGGUCGUUGUAAGAUGUCCUGAGCAUUUAUGUGGUCUGGUUUUAACUGUAAAUAGUGAAAGAUUUUUUAAGCACUUUUGCCUAGAUUUAAACAGCAACUUGAAAAAAAAAGUAUGUUUUAACAUGUAAUUGUGGGAGAAAUUGUAAAUAGUAGCUGAAUAUUUAACGUGCUUUGUCUAUCCUCCACUUUUACCAUAUUCUGUAAAGUUGCAUUUAUUUUACAGGACAAAAAAUGAAAUAUUAUUGCUUUUGAAAUAAAUACCCAAGAGCUUAUCAGGACUUAGAAUUAUUCAGAACUCAGAUUUAUAGGAAAACCUCUGACCUUCAGUUUGACAAGCUAAAGGAAGCAGAGUCUUUAAUGAGCAUGCUAAUUUUCUAGUUUUGAGGAAAAAUUGGGUCCUUUAAAUGCUAUUUUGCUUAUCGCAUCAGUACUUUUAUGCAGGUCUCAUUUGACUCCGUGCUUAGGUAGAUGCGGGGGUGCCUUGAAAACUUCAUUUUAAAUGAUCUUAAGCAAGAAAUACAAUAUUUUACGAAACAUUUGGAGAAUGUGACCGUCUGUAUGACCCGUGGAAGCCCCAGGUUGGCUGUUGGUUUGGAAGGUCCUGAGUGUAACCCAGGUGAUUCUGAUACUUGGCAUGUGUGAAUCUUCCUGAUGUAUGUUAAAUAAACUCUUCCCCUCAUCACCCUUUGGUAGGAAAGCCAUUAGAUGAAAGGAGAAACCAAUACAAGCUAAAAGCAUGCGACGUCUGUCCCCCAGCCCAAACAGCCUUGGUUCAUCAGUUUCUACAGUAGGAAAUAGGCUGCUGAGAGGUGAGUCAAGAGGCAGUCUCCAUUGGAUGUCCCCACUCCCCUCAGAAUGGCGUUUCCAGAGUUAGGCGGUGCAGUUGCCGUGCUCAAGCCCAUGCUGAUUUGUACACUACGUGUCUAACCUACCUCAAAUCUCAGUCAUUAAAAUUAGCAUGCUUUAGACAUAUAUUUAAAAAGUAACUAUGCACAGCUGUUUAUCCCCCCCUUGCUGCUGAAGGUUUCUUAAAGAGAAAAAUCAAAUUUUUAUUUUUUACUGGCACUAUCAUUUUUUAAGUCCUAAAGAUGAUUAACAGACAUUUUUAUCAUGAGAAGAAAAAUAAAGCCAUUGCAACUAAAGAACCUAACAGCAUGACCAAGUUCGAAGAGUCAUAUUAUAGCAACGGAAACCGAUGGCGUCUUAGUCAUCUCCCCAGUGUGCCCUGUCCACGGACACCAUCCAUGUGCAGUGCAAACAUUUGGUUCCUUUUUCUGCUCUGUUUUGUUUUCCCUGCCUGUUGCGUGCAAGGGAAGUGCUUGUAAAGUUCUGUGCUACGAGAUUUUUAAAAUAAAAAUCGCUUCGCAGCAGGUUCUCACAAAUAACUGGUGCUAGCUCAAGAAAUCUCAUCAUCUGACCAUCAGAAAUCUUGACUAAAGGCGUUGCAUGGAUUUGGGGGUUUUUUGGUUUUUGGUUUUGGGUCUGGUUUUUAGCAGGGCCAAUGUUUCCCACGCCCCGGCUUCAUGGGUACUGAUUUGCCUUCUCACCCAGGUGACGAUGGUGUGCGUGGAAAGAGAUGAUACCCCACCACCCCCUCUUGGUCCUUCCACCAGCCUCUUUUGGAAACAGUAGUUUGGAGAGCAAGGGAUUUUUAAAGCGCUAAAGGAAAGAAGUAGCAGAGUUUAACUGCUUUGUACCACACAGCAGUAGAUGUGCAAGGAUGGUUGACAAUGAGUCGAUGAUAGCCUAAUUUCAUUGAGAGAAACCCAGCCAGACUUGCUUCUAGAGGUUUAAUCACCAUGAGAUCUCAAACCAAGGCAAAGCUGGUGGAAAACUGAUAUCCCUGACGUGCCUCAACCAGUAUCUCUUUCCUUUUGUUACUGAAGUGUGUUUUGUGGACUAGGAAGCAUUUUUAUGAAUUGAAAUAGUCUAAAUAAAAUGGUGCUAUGGUGUUUUAAUGUGACUGUCCCUGAUCCUGUCUUGCUGAGGUGCUAUCAACGUUCUGAAACCACAACCAACCAAAAACAAGGUGGGCUCCAGUCUCUUGGCUUUUUUUUCCCCUCCCCUCUUUGGUGCUGUCUUAGACCCGUUUACCGUGCUAUAAUCUGCUCUGAGCAGUGUUGUGUUGUGUUGUAUUAUUCUUCCCUUGGUGGCCAAACAAAGCAAGUCGAGAAGGCAGCUAUCUCCCUUUCUGUGAUCGGGAGUGGACCUGCCUGGCUUGGCAGGUGCUUUGGUUCCACACCUGUCUUCUCAGGCUUGAUGUGAAAGAAAGGGCAAAGGGUUUUUUUAGUUUGUUUUUGUUUUUGAGGAAGGGGAGUUGGGUACUCCUGCCUCUCCUAGCAUGAUAGGCAUUCUCAUAGCCGGGGACACAGAUUUUCUCCUGCAGCCCAGGGUGCUAAGCAGACAUCUCUGGGAGUCCCAAGGGCACACCAAGAGAGACCAGAUGGAUCUCCUUCCUCCCCUGGCACUGGCCGGGACCAUGGUGGGCAGGGGCUUCAUUCUCCGACCCAGCGUUGCUUCUGCCUCUCAUUGGUAACCCCUUAUGUUCAGACUAAAGGAAGGAGCUUUCUUUGCUCACUCGAUGCCACUGAGGCUGCUUUUUAGUUGGUGCUAACCUAAAUUUCUUCUUGGGUCCACAGAAGUUGAUGUUUUAAAAACUCAACAGGAAGCUCCAUUUUGUGUCAUCCACUGUCAAAAUAAUUUUUUUAAAUACCUCAAAAACAGGACAUCAUGACAACUUCAGUAAAGUAGAUUCCAUGAGGGUCUGAUAGCUGCAGGUUGUCCGUCUGAUGACGUACUUGACCUUGAAAAAUCUGGGGUCAUUUUUUUUUCAUUCUUCGGCAGUUAAGAUAGCGGAACGCCGAAAGGAAGGAGCGUAGUUGGCUGUAUUUCAUGUUUAAGUUUUGCUUUUGAAUAAAAUGUGAAUUUCCUAUGCCCAUCUCAUUGAGCUUUCUCAGUCAUUGUUGCUGUCAUUUGAAAUGACUCCCUCAAAACCUAGUUUUAUUAGCCAGCUGCCUCUGCUGUAGUAUAUGGUCAACUUCAACAUACCCUGGACCAAAACAUUUUUGAGGUGCAUACCCCCAGCAUGAGUUAUACAGUCCCACAUCCAGGUGCACGGAGUGCGAGUGCACUCCGCGAGUGCGGGGGGAGGGGCGGCCCCCUCUGGUGCUCCCAGCCCUUCCUCCUGCAGAGCUGCGGGUAAGAGCAGAGCAAUAGGAUUCUCCCCUGAGCAGAGACCGCAGCACAGAAAUGCAAGGUCUAAAGUUGCUUUUUGCCUAAGAAUCAGCGAGUGAUUUGGCCUACUUCCUCAUUGGCUUCUAUUCUGAUAUCAGGGAUGCUUUUUGUAGUGGUAUUGUUUGCUCCCUCUUCGCGUUUUGACUACCCGUCAUUCAGGGGUAACUCAUCACUCUUCACACGGGGAUUUAAAUUAAGAAACUAAUUGGCUCAUUUGAACAUUCCAAAUUUUCUUGGUUUCAAUACCCUUUUUUUUCUUUUGAGGGGAAAAGAGGGGAGAAAAACAGGAGUGAUGUCAUUUCUUUUUCAUGUAUUCCAAUUAAAGAAACAAGGGCAGGUCGUAUAAUGGCAUAUUAAUACAUUAGACUUAAUCUAGAUGUAGCUUUUUGAUGUGUUUUAUUUCUUAUCUCUUUGAAUUCCUGUUUGGUUACUUGGCUUCCAAUGGAGGUGAACUUAACAACCAUACUUGAAUAUUCCGUCUUGACUUUGUAAACUGUGGCUACUUGAAAUGAAGUUUAUCUGGGGUUGAUGGAUGAAUGGUAGAUUUUUGCAAUGUCUCAAGGCAAUAGGAUGUGUAUUAAACUGUAGAUAUUCUUAGUACAGUAAAUUUAUGCUGAUAAUUUUAUUUUGUAUAAUUUUUACCUUUUUGUUAAUAUUUUUUCCUUCCACUUUAUUGGUUUGCCUCCUGAGCUACCCCUCCUUUACCCUCCCUUCUCCCUCAGUGUUUCAGUAAAUUUAAUUUAGGGUGCCUAGAAAUUGCAAGUAUGUAUCCUUUUUGAUUUGUAUUUUAUUAUAAUUUACACAAACAACUGGGUUUGUGAACUGUAUUACUCCUGGUAUCUUUAAAAUAUUGUGGGUGUUUUAAUAAAUUUUAUAUUUAUUUUUUGCACUCAAA